AUGGGAGCUAUAGUAGCUGCUCUUGAGAAUACUCCUUUUGACGCUGGGCUGAAUAUGGAAGAAAUUUCUCGAUACAGCGCUUACUGGGAAACUGCGCGACGUUUGUAUGGACCGUUUGAGUGUGCGGUAACCAUGAAAAGCGGAAAUGCAGAUGUCUAUAAACACGAGAUUCCAGGCGGUCAGUAUACCAACCUUCAGUUCCAGGCUUUCUCGCUUGGCUUAGGAGAAAAGUUUGAUGAGGUGAAAAAAAUGUAUCGAGAAGCAAACCUUGCACUUGGAGAUCUUAUAAAAGUCACACCGUCGUCGAAAGUCGUUGGUGAUCUUGCUCAAUUUAUGGUUCAAAAUAAACUAACUCGUGAAAGUUUGGUGGAAAAGGCGGAAGAACUGUCAUUUCCAAAUUCAGUUAUGCAGUUCUUCCAGGCAAGUUUUUCAAUUUUUGAGAAAGGCUCUGCAUUUUGGUUUACGCAAGAGAGUAUAAAAGAUGGUCUAAUUGGCCAACCACCAUAUGGCUUUCCUGAGCCGCUAAGAACUCGAGCUUUACGUGGUCAACCUAAAUAUGACGGUCGUCCUGGCGAAAACCUACCAGCACUUGAUUUCGAUAAGCUUCAUUCCGAUCUUGAAGACAAACAUGGGAGAAAAUUACGGGAUGUUGAUAUAAUGACUUCUGCUAUGUUCCCCCAGGUUUUCGAUGAAUUUGAGCAAUUCCGCCAACAAUACGGACCAGUGGAUAAAUUAGAUACUCGAAUAUUCCUAACAGGCAUGAAAAUUGGUGAAGAAACUGAAGUCACGAUCGAAAAAGGAAAAACGUUAUCGAUUAAGUUAGUUGCUAUUGGAGAACUCAAUGCGCGUGGCGAACGAGAGGUAUUCUUUGACCUAAAUGGGCAAAUGAGGACAGUAUUUGUUCAAGAUAAAGAAGCUUCAAAGGAAAUUGUUACUCGUCCACGAGCUGUACCAGGUGUUCGCGGUUCAAUUGGUGCACCAAUGCCUGGUCAGAUUUUAGAGUUGAAAGUCAAGGAAGGAGACAAAGUUUCACCAAAAACUCCGUUAUUUGUUUUGAGUGCCAUGAAAAUGGAAAUGGUCAUUGAUAGUCCUAUUACUGGAACAGUUAAGAAAAUUCAUUGUGCGGCAAAAGAGCGGGUUGCUGCUGGUGAUUUAAUUGUCGACAUUGAGCCGUAG